GCUCAGAACGAGAGAGAUGGCGUCGAGAGAAGAAGAAUCCGAUUCUGAGGAUGCGCUCUCCUCCGAUUCCGAUCUGAUUGAUGGAGGAGAUGAAGACUACGAGGAUGAGGAUGAUGGAGGUGACGACCAUGCCGAUCCUGAAGCCUCCGGAGAGUCGCCCUUGUCCCAAGAUGAGCUCAAAUCCAAGAACGUUGCCGAUCUUGUGAGAGGCAAUCUCGUUGUAAGGAGGCAGCCACUGAUACCCCGAGUUCUUUCAGUAUCUGAUGGAGCUGCAGUUGCUAGAAAACCAUUUAAACCUCCUUGUUCAAAGAGAUAUAGUGAUCAUAAUGAUGAACUUGCUCGCCGUCUUUCAGUGCGUAAGAGGUUUGUUCCAUGGGGUUCUGCAAGGCCAGUGUUCAUUGCAGUAGAUAAACUUGUGAAUAUCCCAAAGGUUAUUGAAAAUGAUCUCCCAGAAACAAAGUCAUCUUUGCCCCCGGGGAUUGAGCCUUUGAUUUUAUGGGAAUCUGAAGGACCCAAUGAGGAAAAUGACCAGUUGACUCGGAUUGAGGUUGACCCCUUGCUUGUUUGCUAUCUUCGGCCUCAUCAAAGAGAAGGUGUUCAGUUCAUGUUUGAAUGUGUUUCUGGGCUAUCCAGUGCCGAAGGUAUUUCCGGAUGCAUUCUUGCAGAUGAUAUGGGAUUGGGGAAAACUCUACAAUCAAUCACUCUCCUCUAUACUCUUCUAUGUCAGGGCUUUGAUGGUAAGCCAAUGGUUAAAAGAGCUGUAAUUGUCACUCCCACAAGCCUUGUUAGUAAUUGGGAAUCAGAGAUCAAUAAGUGGGUUGGAGAAAGAAUUCAGUUGCUAUCUCUGUGUGAAAGUACUAGGGCAGAUGUUGUAUCUGGAAUUGACAAUUUCCUAAGGCCUUGCAGUCCUUUUCAGGUCCUUAUCAUUUCAUACGAGACAUUCCGAAUGCACUCUUCAAAAUUUGAAAAAUGUGGUUCUUGUGAUCUUCUAAUUUGUGAUGAGGCACACAGGCUGAAAAAUGAUCAGACACGGACAAACCAGGCACUGGCUGCUCUUCCAUGCAGCCGGCGCAUCUUGUUGUCAGGAACGCCUAUGCAGAAUGAUUUGGAGGAAUUUUUUGCCAUGGUGAAUUUCACAAAUCCUGGGAUUUUGGGGGAUGUGUCAUAUUUUCGCCGAUACUAUGAGGCACCAAUAAUUGCUGGUAGGGAGCCUAUGGCAACUAAAGAAGAAAAAAAAUUAGGCAUUGAAAGGUCUACAGAGCUUAGUGCAAAAAUAAAUCAGUUUGUAUUAAGAAGGACAAAUGCCUUGUUGUCCAAUCACUUACCACCGAAGAUUGUGGAAGUUGUUUGUUGUAAAAUGACCAGUCUCCAACAAAAAUUGUACAAGCAUUUCAUACAGUCCAAGAAUGUAAAGCGUAUGAUAUCUGAAGAGAUAAAGCAAUCCAAAAUAUUGGCAUAUAUUACUGCUCUCAAGAAGUUAUGCAAUCAUCCAAAGCUCAUUUAUGAUACUAUCAAAAGUGGAAGCCCAGGCACAUCUGGUUUUGAAGAUUGCAUACGCUUUUUCCCUGCAGAGCUUUUCUCAGGGAGAUCUGGUUCUUGGACCGGUGGUGGUGGAAUCUGGGUAGAACUAUCUGGCAAAAUGCAUGUCUUAGCUCGAUUAUUGGCCCAUCUUCGUCAGAAGACAGAUGAUCGAAUUGUUCUUGUAUCAAACUACACUCAGACACUGGAUCUUUUUGCUCAAUUGUGCCGGGAAAGAAGGUACCCAUAUUUGAGACUUGAUGGGACCACAUCGAUUGGUAAAAGGCAAAAGCUAGUCAACCGUUUCAAUGAUCUCUCAAAGGAUGAAUUUGUAUUUCUCCUUAGCAGCAAGGCCGGUGGUUGUGGACUAAACCUGGUAGGUGGCAAUCGUUUAGUUCUUUUUGACCCUGAUUGGAACCCUGCUAAUGAUAAGCAGGCUGCUGCAAGGGUCUGGAGAGAUGGCCAGAAGAAGCGAGUAUUUAUUUAUCGAUUUUUAAGCACUGGAACAAUUGAAGAGAAGGUAUACCAGCGGCAGAUGUCAAAGGAGGGACUCCAGAAGGUUAUUCAGCAAGAGCAAGCAGAUAAUCAGAGGGGAAAUUUUCUUUCAAUGGAAGAUCUGCGUGAUCUUUUCUCAUUUCAUGAAGAUGUGAGAUCUGAGAUUCAUGAAAAUAUGAAUUGCAACCGUUGCAAAAUGACUGAUGUAGUGCAAGGCAAUAGUAUUUUGGAUGAGUCAAUGAUUGCUGAAAAUAAGGAUACAACAGAUAAAGGGCAAUUAAAUCAACAGGUUGAUGAUAUUGGUGGGUUUGCUCAAAUUGCUGGAUGCUUGCAUAAAUUGAAAAGCUCAGAAAAACAGCUUGGAUCUCCCCUGGAAGAAGAUUUAGCAAGCUGGGGCCAUCACUUUAACCUAAGUACAGUUCCUGAUUUGAUUCUUCAAGCUUCAGCUGGCGAUGAGGUUUCAUUUGUUUUUACCAAUCAAGUUGAUGGAAAACUAAUUCCUGUUGAAUCAGAAAAAAAACCUGCAAAUCAACAGAUGGAUGCUGAAAAGCAUCCAAAUGACAAUUGUCAUCGGAAUCGUUCACAGGGGCUGACAAUGCCCUUGCUGAAGGGUACCCCUCCAAAUUCACAGAAAACAUUUCCAAAUGGUUUCCAUGUACCAAAAAAGCUCAGCAUCUCUCCCAAAGAGCAAUCAUCCCUCAAACGAAUUGUUCUUGAUACAGAAACCCUAGUUUUGACCAUUGUUACCAGAAUAAUUCACAAUGCAGAGGAUGAGUGCACGUUAAAUCAAGAGGGAAUGUAUCUUGAAGUCCAAUUUCAGCAAUCAGUCUCAACAUAUUCUGACCAAGAAGUCAAAUCCAGUCCCACAUUCAUUAGGGUGACAUGAUGUAUUAUUUGUCCUUUCUCUUGUUUACCUCAUUUGUAUCCUUUUUUUUAAUUAAAAUAUGUACUAUUUUAUGAAACGAUGUGCAAGGAUAAGAAAAACAUUUU